ACGACUGCAUUGUCAGGUGUGAGUCAACCUGAAAAAGUAUGAUAAAUAUUUUAAUUGCCUAUUAUUUUACGUAUAUUCAUAUGUUUUCAUUGUUCAGUGAAAUAGUCCUUUUAUUUUUCAGGUUGACAGCUGGCUGACGUUAUUUUUGGUUUGCUGCUGGCGGCAAAUUUAAGUUUGGCGUUUUUCAUAAAUACAAGAAGGACUCAAAUAGACGUUGAGUAUUUUACUUAAAAGUAACCUUCAACCCAACGUCUUUUUUUCGGAGUUCAAAAUGUUUUUGUUGCAUGCAGAAAUGUAAUUUCAUUUUCUCUGCAGGAGUUCAUCAAUUUCAUAAAUGCAACACAUUAUAGUUUGUUUAUACAUAGCAUAAAGGCAAAACAAAACGUUGUAUGCAGUGUUAUUUCAUUUUAAAUGUCAAGCGGGUUUUGCGGCUCCCAGUGUUUUCUUUUCUGUGGGAAACGGGUCCAAGUGGCUCUUUCAGUGGUAAAGGUUGCUGACCCCUGAUUUAAGCCUACCUGGUCAAUACCUGUGGAGGAGGGGGAACUGCGCAGGCGCGAGUGACGUCAGCGUCGAGCGCGCACUUUAAAAGGCAGGACUUCUUUUCAGAGCGGGCAGCGGAGUCCGUGGAAGCAGAGUCCUGGGCUUUGGCUAAGUGGGCUUCGACGUAAGGGGACUUCGGUAAGCUUGUGUGAUUGCUCGCUGAGGGGAAGAAGGUAAGGUCGCUAGGUGCUUUUUAAACUUAUUCUAUUAAUCCAGUUCAGGUAUGGGGGAGACAGUCAGAGCAGUGGUGUGCUCCGUAUGCAGUAUGUGGGAGGUCAGGGUCAACACAGUUGUCCCUGAUGACCACACCUGCAGAAGGUGCGUCCAGCUGCAGCUCCUAUCAGACCGAGUUAGGAUCAUUCGGGAGGUGGAGGCAGAGAUAGAUAGUUAUCAGGAGGUAGUCACACCAAAAAACCAAGAAGUAGGCAGAUGGGUGAUGGUCCAGAGAGGCAGGGGGAGCAGGCAGAGAGAGCAGAGCACCCCUGCGGCCAUUCCCAUUAACAAUAAGUAUACCGUACAGGAUACUGUUGAUGGGGAUGACCUACCAGGAAUGAGUUGUAGUGGUCCUGCCUCUGGCACAGAGGUUGAACCCUCAACUAGAAAGGGGAGGAGGGAAGAGAAGAGAGCGAUAGUUUUAGGGUACUCUAUAGUUAGGGGGGCAGAUAGGAGAUUUUGUGGGGCAGAUUGGGAGUCUCGGAUGGUAUGUUGCCUCCCUGGUGCCAGGGUCCGGGACAUCUCAGAUCGGGUGCAGGCUAUUCUUGAGAGUGAGGGCAUGAACCCAGAUGUAGUGGUCCAUGUAGGGACCAACGAUGUAGGUAAGGUGAGUGAGGGGGUCCUGCUUAGAGAGUUCAGGGAGUUAGGAGUGAAGCUGAAAGGCAGGACCUCCAGGGUGACAAUCUCGGGAUUGCUACCUGUGCCACGUGCGAGUGAGGCGAAGAAUAGAAUGAUUAUGCACAUUAAUACGAGGCUGAGAGCAUGGUGCAGGAAGGAAGGGUUCAGGUUUUUGGAUAAUUGGUCUUUGUUCCAGGGACAUUGGGAUCUGUUUCGAAGGGAUGGUCUACAUCUGAACCGGAGGGGUACUAACAUUCUUGCAGGAGUAUUUGCCAGUGCUGCUCGGGGGGGGGGGGGUUUAAACUAGAUGUGCAGGGGGCAGGGAUCCAGAUCCAGAGGGUUGGUCAGAAGGUGCAUGGGGUUAAAUGUGUACAAGGUUUGGGUGAUCUUGAGAAGGUCAUCAAAAUUCAGGGUGCAAUUUGCCCGAUGGAAGUUCAAGGAGCUGGGUUAGGUACAGUAGACAGUGUUUUAAGCAAAGAGAGGAGGAAUGGGCUAAGAAUUCUAUACUUGAAUGCGCGUAGUGUCAGAAAUAAGACAGAUGAGCUUGAAGCUCAGAUGAAAAUGGGGAACUACGAUAUUGUUGGGAUAACGGAGACAUGGCUGCAAGGGGAUCAGGCCUGGGAAUGGAGUGUACCAGGGUAUACGUGCUAUCGUAGAGACAGAAAUAUGGGAAGAGGGGGUGGGGUGGACCUGUUGGUGAGGAAUGAGAUUCAGUCCUUAGCAAGAGGUGACUUGGGAACAGGGGAAGUAGAGUCUGUGUGGAUUGAGCUGAGGAACAGUAAGGGUAAAAAGACCCUAAUGGGUGUUGUGUACAGGCCCCCAAACAGUAGCGUGGAUAUUGGGUACAAGUUGAUUAGGGAGUUAACAUUGGCAUGUGCUAAAGGUAAUGCAGUCGUUAUGGGAGAUUUCAACAUGCAGGUGGACUGGGAGAAUCAGGUAGGUGCUGGACCCCAGGAUAGGGAGUUUGUGGAGUGUCUAAGGGAUGUAUUUUUGGAACAGCUUGUGCUUGAGCCAACCAGGAACGAGGCUAUUUUGGACUUGGUGAUGUGUAAUGAACAGGAAUUGGUAAGUGAUCUUGAAGUAAAGGAGCCAUUAGGAAGUAGUGAUCAUAACAUGAUAAGUUUUUAUCUACAAUUUGAGAGGGAUAGGGGCAGAUCAGAGGUGUCAGUGUUGCAAUUAAAUAAAGGAGACUACGGAGCCAUGAGGGAUGAGCUGGCCAAAGUUAAAUGGGCGGAUGCCCUGGCAGGAAAGACAGUGGAUCAGCAGUGGCAGAUAUUUUUGGGCAUAAUACAAAAGAUGCAAAUGCAGUUCAUUCCAAUGAGAAGGAAGGAUUCAAAGAGGGGGAAGGGGCCACAGUGGUUGACAAAGGAAGUCAGAGAUUGUAUAGCAUUAAAGAAGUAUGACAGGGCUAAGAUGAGUGGGAAUACAGAUGAUUGGGAAAGUUUUAAGGAACAGCAGAUCUUAACUAAAAAAGCAAUACGGAGAGAAAAAAUCAGGUAUGAGCUCAGUCUAG